AUUACUACUUACAAGUAAAACACACCCAAACAAACAAACACAAUACAAUAAAAUGUCUUUUAAAUUAUCUUCAGGUUAUGAAAUGCCAAAAAUCGGUUUUGGUACUUGGAAGAUGGACAAGGCCACCAUUCCUCAGCAAAUUUACGAUGCUAUCAAGGGUGGUAUCAGAUCAUUCGAUGGUGCUGAAGAUUACGGUAACGAAAAGGAAGUUGGUCUUGGUUACAAGAAGGCUAUUGAAGACGGUCUUGUUAAGAGAGAAGAUCUUUUCAUUACCUCCAAGUUAUGGAAUAACUUUCAUGACCCAAAGAAUGUGGAAAAGGCUUUAGACAGAACUUUAGCUGAUUUACAAUUAGAUUACGUCGACUUAUUUUUAAUUCAUUUCCCAAUUGCUUUCAAGUUUGUUCCAUUAGAAGAAAGAUACCCACCUUGCUUCUACUGUGGUGAUGGUGACAACUUCCAUUAUGAAGAUGUCCCAUUAUUGGAAACCUGGAAGGCUUUAGAAGCCUUGGUUAAGAAGGGUAAGAUUAGAUCACUUGGUGUUUCUAACUUCACUGGUGCUUUGUUGUUGGAUUUACUUAGAGGUUCUACCAUUAAGCCAGCUGUUUUGCAAGUCGAACAUCAUCCAUACUUGCAACAACCAAGAUUAAUUGAAUUUGCUCAAAAGCAAGGUCUUGUUGUCACUGCUUACUCUUCAUUUGGUCCUCAAUCUUUCACUGAAUUGAACCAAAACAGAGCUAACAACACCCCAAGAUUGUUUGACCACGAAGUUAUCAAGAAGAUUGCUGCUAGAAGGGGCAGAACUCCAGCUCAAGUUAUCUUAAGAUGGGCCACCCAAAGAAAUGUCGUGAUUAUUCCAAAAUCCGAUACUCCAGAAAGAUUGGUCGAAAACUUGGCUGUCUUUGACUUUGACUUAACUGAAGAAGAUUUCAAAGAAAUUGCCGCCUUGGACGCUAAUUUGAGAUUUAAUGACCCAUGGGACUGGGACCAUAUUCCAAUCUUUGUUUAAAUUUAAUGUUUUGUUUAGAUUUUAUAGUUUUCACGAUUGUUGCACCGAUUGAAUGAAUUUUUGAUGAAUAUUAUACUUAUAACCAGCAAGGUCAACGGUUCUUUUUACUAUUGAUAUAUAAACUAGAAAAAUACAUAUAAUUUUUUUUACAAAUCUAGAUCGAAUCUAAUACUGCUUCUCUUCCUAAUACCAACAAUUUCAAUCUGGAAACAAAAUCAUCACGUUCUAAAUAUGCACCACACAAUCUUCUCUUGCCUGUGAAUUCGCUUCUAGAAUGGAACACUCUCCAAUUAUCGAAAAUCAAACAUUGGCCAGGUUUCAUUUGAUACCAAAAUUCAUUCUUUGGAUCACUGAUAAUGCGGACCCAAUCUUUGAUAGCCUUAUAGAAACGAGGAACAUCAUCAGGAUUAUCCCAGUUAUCCAUGGUUGAUCUAUCACUUUGAUUCCAUCUCACCUGGACUAAAUUACCUUGACUGUCGAGUUUAAACACUGGUUGAGGGACAUCUGGUUGAAUGCAAACCUUUUCUUCACCGGCAGAAUGAGCAGGGACGGGGAUCCGGCAGAGUAAUUCAUAGCUGUCAGGAUAUUCUUCUUUCAAGAUCUGGGAACAUUUGAAUGCGUCCACUAAUGAAGUUGUACCUCCAGUACCGUCAUGGAACAAGAGAUGGAAUAAUUGUAAUCCUGGAGAAUUAGACCAAUAAGUUCCAUCAGUAUGAGAACUAAUAUCGAAGUUUGUGUAUGCGGUAUCAGCCUUGGCCAAAUCAGAAGUGAAAUCCCAAAAUCCCCCAUAAUGGGUUGGUCUUAUAUAAUUCAAUUGUUCACAUAAUUUUUCAGUGUCUUCAGGGGUCACUGGAACAUUAUUGAUUAAACAGAAUCCAUAUUUCCAGAGUUUCAAACUCCAAUCCUUAAUAGCCUCUUCAUUAUCGGUUUCUUCAGAAGAAUUCAUGACAUUGGAGUACUCAACUUGAGGCAAGUCAUUCUCAAUAUCGGCCACUUGCCAUAACUGGCGGCUUAAUAGCUCGGUUUCUCCUUUUAAUUUCUUCAGUAAUGGAAUUAAACGUGGAUUAUAGGAGUGAACUCUUAACCAAUGGAAAUCAUAAGUUGAUAAAUGAUCUUCUUGAUUCCAUACAAUGUCAAUAUCAGAGUUGCCCACGGUGACGUUCUUGGGUGCAAUGUGAUCGUCGAUAGUUGCAGCACUGGCAAGUUUUUGUUUAGUUGUAGGAAAGUAACAUGUUGAACAAUGGCAAUUGUCGCGGAGCCAAAUAUAGUGAUAUUUGGAAGUUUUUCCGUCGGACCAAGUAAGUUCAAGUUGGUCGUUUCCUUGAUUGGUUGCAGUUACUGUAAAGUUCAUAAUAAAUGAAUUGAUUCGUGGAGUAGAAACACGUUGAGUCAGAGUAAUCCUUUUUUCUUUUUUUUUUCCGCCUUUUAAAUGAAUCAUUUGGUUGAUUGGUCUACCCCACACUCGGUCGGCUCUUUCUGUUUAUGGAAUCUUU